UGUGUCUUCUGUCUAUAUUUUUAUUUUAAAACACAAUAUUGUAAAAGACAAUGUCUUCUGAUUUCUUUCAUUUAGGACCUGAGAUUUGGAGGCGGGCAAUUUGCAGUAUUUGUAAAAAGAGUAUAAUAAAAUUACCCAUAAGCCCUGGAUUCUAUAUCCUACAUUUGCUAAUGGAACUGUCAUAAACAGAUUAUUGAAUUUGAGCGCUAGAGGGGCCUUGGAGAGCAUGGAAUCCAACCUCUGUAUAUUACAGAAAAAACUGAAGACAAGGAAUAUUAAGUCACUGGCUAGUCACACAGCUAACUAGAGGAGAACAAGGACUAAACCCUCAGACUUCCUGAGUUCAAGUCCUAUGCCCUUUUUCAUUCUCUCAAGAUAUAGACUUUCAAUAUCAGUCUGUCAUUCCCACAAAGUGAAAAUAGAGUUAACUGAGUUUCCUGUGUGACUGAACACCUACGAAGCAAAGCCUUCAUUCUCAAAAGCAAAACUGGAAACAUAAAAUUUCUAUAACAGAAGAUUUUCUCCAAGGCUGCUUUUUCUGUCUGUUCAAGUAUAAAUAAGGUGCCUAGAGGUAAUGUUUGCCACAGGCAGUAGUUAUUAAUCUCUGACUAUAUUUUUAAAGCAACAAGGCUAAUUUUAGAUUGCUAUUGAAAAAAAUUAUCUCCUACUCUCAAUAUCUGAUCAUCUUGGAAAUUAUUUGCAGACUUUGUUUUCAUGCUUUCCCUAAAAGCACUCUGUCCUUGCCCAGAGAAAUCUGUAGAUAUUAGGUUUGGUGCUUGAAAUGUGCACUUUGGCAGACCUCCAUUUAAAGGUGUAUUUUUUAAUGAAGGGUAAAGAGCAGCUGAUUAUACUUAGGCAAACCCCAGAGGAAAUGGACUCUGUUGAUGGUAACUGACUACAGUGGAGCUGGGAAAGCUCAUGUUUCCCCCUCCCUCCAACCUCUGCUCUGAUAAUCACCAACCAAGCUCUAUCAAGAAUAUUUCGUUUGAUGAUCCAGCAAAGUGUCUGGUAAGGGAGAAACAGGAAGGGCAGGGCACUUCCCAGGAGAGUGAGGAAAGGAGGUUCUGUAAGCUUUCUCCGGUGAUUAGUGCUGGGGAAGUUGAUCUCCUUUCAUGCUGUAGAUGUGGCGCGCUGCAGUCACGCCUCCCGCUGCCAGCCCAGCUCCGGGAUCCUAAUCAGUCACUAUGAAAACUCAUUAGCUCCACAGCAAUGAGUCCUCCACUGCUGAAGCUUGGCGCUGUGCUUAGCACCAUGGCAAUGAUUUCAAACUGGAUGUCCCAAACUCUCCCAUCCUUGGUGGGACUGAACACCACCACGAGGCUGUCCACGCCAGAUACCUUAACUCAAAUUAGUCCCAAAGAAGGGUGGCAAGUGUACAGCUCAGCACAGGAUCCUGAUGGGCGAUGCAUUUGCACAGUGGUUGCUCCAGAACAAAACCUGUGUUCCAGGGAUGCCAAAAGCAGGCAGCUUCGUCAACUGCUGGAAAAGGUUCAGAACAUGUCCCAGUCUAUUGAAGUCUUAAACUUGAGAACUCAGAGAGAUUUCCAAUAUGUUUUAAAAAUGGAAACACAAAUGAAAGGGCUGAAGGCCAAGUUUCGGCAGAUUGAAGAUGAUCGGAAGACGCUAAUGACAAAACAUUUUCAAGAAUUGAAAGAGAAGAUGGACGAGCUCCUGCCUCUUGAUCCUGUGCUGGAACAGUAACAAAACAGAUGCCAAGUUAAUCACCCAGUUCAGGAGGAAAUCCGGAAUCUGUCGGCUGUCCUCACUGGAUUCAGAGAAAUCGGUGCCUAUGACUAUGAGGAACUGCAUCAAAGGGUGCAGCUGGAAACCAGACUUCGGGACUGCAUGAAAAGCUAAGUGACAUGUGGCAAACUGAUGAAAAUCACAGGCCCAAUUACUGUCAAGACAUCUGGAACCCGAUUUGGUGCUUGGAUGACAGAUCCUUUAGCAUCUGAAAAAAAUAACAGAGUCUGGUACAUGGACAGUUAUACUAACAAUAAAAUUGUCCGUGAGUACAAAUCAAUUGCAGACUUUGUCAGUGGGGCUGAAUCAAGGACAUACAACCUCCCUUUCAAGUGGGCAGGAACUAACCAUGUUGUCUACAACGGCUCACUCUAUUUUAACAAGUAUCAAAGUAAUAUCAUCAUCAAAUACAGCUUUGAUUUGGGAAGAGUGCUUGCCCAGCGAAGCCUGGAGUAUGCUGGUUUUCACAAUGUUUAUCCCUACACAUGGGGUGGAUUCUCUGACAUCGACCUAAUGGCUGAUGAAAUCGGACUGUGGGCUGUGUAUGCCACCAACCAGAAUGCAGGCAAUAUUGUCAUCAGCCAACUUAACCAAGACACCUUGGAGGUGACGAAGAGCUGGAGCACCGGGUACCCCAAAAGAAGUGCAGGGGAAUCUUUCAUGAUCUGUGGGACGCUGUAUGUCACCAACUCCCACUUAACGGGAGCCAAGGUGUAUUAUUCCUAUUCCACAAAAACCUCCACAUAUGAGUACACAGACAUUCCCUUCCAUAACCAAUAUUUCCACAUAUCCAUGCUUGACUAUAAUGCAAGAGAUAGAGCUCUCUAUGCCUGGAACAAUGGCCACCAAGUCCUGUUCAAUGUUACCCUUUUCCACAUCAUUAAGACUGAAGAUGACACAUAGGCAAAUGUGAUUUGUUUUCAUUGAUUUAAACGGUGUCAUUUGUGAUAAACUCCAUAGGAACCCUUCUGUUUUUUCAUUAUUAUUACUUUGCAUCAUUUCUCCAAAGCAAAGCAUAUUUUUUAUUGUAAAGUUGGUGUUUCAAAAAACAGCUCAGCUUGUCUAAGUUAACGUGUUGGAAACACAUCUUAACUCCUAAAUUUACAAGGCUUAUCAUGUCCUUGUCAUGAAAAGCACUAAAAAGAGUUUAAGUGGCUAAAGUCAUAGUUUUGCAAAAGAUUAACGAUCUGCCUUAUUAUAUUAGAGUCAGAGACUAAUGGUGGCUUAAAUGCAUGAAUGUCUUUUUUUUUUAACUUUGUCAUUUUUUUUACUGUCUUUUGCUCCACAUCAGGAAAUAUUUUGGUAGGAAUUAGAAGUAAAAAAAAAAAAAAAAAAAAAGCGCUUUCUCCCCAUUUAUUUCUUUAAAAAUAUUUAAGGAUUUCAUUUAUGUGGAAAAAUAAUCAUUUUGCUAUUAACACAACUCUCUGAUGCGGUGCUGUACAGUCAUUUUUAAAUCUCUUGCUAACGUUUUAUUGGCAAUAUGUAUUUCUACCAUUGUAACCACCAUUGUGCAAUUGUAUCUCUUCACUUCUGUGAAAGUAAGUAAUAUUUUUUAUAAAAUACACUGAAAUUUAAUCU